AUUGUAAAAAAAUUAAAAAGAAAAAACAUGCAGAGAAUGCUUCUUUCCGCAAUCUAAAUCGGGAGAAAGCCAAAGCCCUCAACAAUGUUCCCAAAGCCCCACCACCAACCACCGCCCCAUUCUCAGCCUUUUCCCCGUGCCUUUUCCGUCGCCGCCACUUCACCGCCACGCGAUUCUCCCGCCUCCGCCGAUGAGGAUUCCGCGGCCGGUCCCUCGCCUCACGCUCACGCUAUCGUCCUCAAAGAACCGACCUCCACCGGCGACGGAGCCUCCAUCGAGGUCGUCCGCCGUCCCCGAGGCCGCCCGCCUGGAUCCAAGAACAAGCCGAAGCCGGCGGCCGUCGUCGUCGCUGGUCGCGACCCUGAACCGGUGAUGAGUCCUUAUGUUCUUGAAGUCCCGAGCGGUAGCGAUGUUGUCGAAUCUAUUGCUCGAUUUUGCCGCCGCAGGAACACAGGGCUUUGUAUUCUCAACGCUUACGGAACCGUCGGUGACGUCACUCUCCGGCAGCCGUCUUCAUCUCCGGUCGGUACGGUCACUUUCCAUGGACGAUUCGAUAUUCUAUCCGUCUGCGCUACUUUUGUUCCUCACACGACAUCGUUUCCGAUACCCAACGGAUUCACUAUCACGCUAGCGGGACCGCAGGGCCAGAUCUUUGGCGGCUUAGUCACCGGAUCUUUAAUCGGCGUCGGAACCGUGUAUGUAAUAGCCGCCUCAUUCAACAAUCCGUCGUAUCAGCGGCUGCCAGCGGAAGAUGAUGUUAGAAAAUUAACGUUUAGCGAUGUGGAAGAAGGUCAGUCUCCGAUCUCUGGCGGCAAAGAUAGUGAAAACACCGCCGCAGGCGCCGCCACAGAGACCUGCGGUCUACUGCCGAUGUACAGCACUCACUCUUCGUCCGACGUAAUUUGGACACCGGCCGCCAGACAACCGCCGCCGCCGCACCAUCGUCAGUACUAAUUUAUCCGAUUUCCGUUUUCUAAUUCGUUUCUUUGAAUCAAUUUGUGAAGAUUUUCUUCUUUUGGGUUAGUUUUUUUGUGAUUCUGUUAGGGUUGCGUUCUUUUGAUUUUUGAUUUUUGUUAAAUUUCUUUAGCGGUUUACUGUUUAGUCCUUCAAGAUGAAUCAAAUUUCCGAAAGCAACCCUCGAAAAAACUUUGAAUGGAUCCCAUUGAAAUUUGAACCCGCCUUAAUAUCUUCAAUAUAUUUUCUUUUUCCUUUUUUAAAAAAAAA